AUGCCCAAGACAAUGGACUCGGACACUGAAUCAUACGAGAAGACAGGCGGAAAACCCUCAGAUGACAUUCUUGAGCCCGCCGUCCUCUUUUUGUCGGGACGACUUGUCUUCGCUGAGGCUGCAACUUCAACCCCACUUUAUCAAUUAAACAGUGACAUCAGGUCAAUCUCGAACAAGGACUCGUCCGUGGCAGUGGAAAGAGUCGAGCACGGUGUGCCUGAUCUCGAGAUCGAGACUGAGGGCGUCACUGAUGGCACGCUGCCAAGCCGACGACUUUUCAACCUCGUGCACCCUGUGAAUGCGCAAUACCGGACCGACAUACCUGCUAAGUAUUACAUCACUUCUGCGGUCCCGGAGAUGGUGGGCAAUAUCCGCUUCGAGACUUCUGAGGCACGGCUUCGGAGGACGUCCUUCAAAGUGAUGUUAAGCCCGAAGAAAACCUCCUCGAAUAAGCCAUUUUUUGACGAGGGCACACAACAACUAUUGUUCGAUAUCCACCCAAAUUGGAAAGUCGGUCGCAAUUGCUAUAAAUGGAGCGAUUCCAAUGGCAGACAGGUGGCUGUUGAUGAAAAAGAGGAUGACAGAUGUAAAUUAUCCAUUACGAGGAUUAUGCCACAGGAGUUGAGGGAUGCACUGGUCGCUACAUGGCUGUUGAGGCUGUGGCACGAUACGGCCGAGAGUAAACAAGCUAAAAGGGAAUUCUUUGAAAGCAUGGUAUCACCGGAAGCGUAUCAACAAAGCAUGGAUCCAUAUAUGCGAAGGCAGUGCAUAAUCAUGUGAGAUUAGAUAAAAGCUCAGGGACUCCUACAGCUGCUCGUCUGUCCCAGACGAGAACGCCGGCUUGUACAGGGUCUUGCCCUUUCUCGAGCAUUCAAUAUCGCCGAAUACCCCGCUUCCUCAUCGUCGCAUCAUCAUCAUCGUCAUCAUAGUAUUCCAGCCUCUCCUGCACGCUUGACGAAAUCUUCGGUCCGCUAGCGGAGACAAUUGCCUGCGCCACGCAACCAGCCAUCAUGAAGAAAGGCAGCUUGAAUUAAACAUGCG